AUGAAGCUACAGUUUCUGUCAACUCUUCUACCUCAACAGGAAGGUUCAAGUAAAGUUUGCUCAUUGGCUUGCACUCCGAAUGGUUUGAAAUUGGCUGUUGUUGGACGAGAUCGCGUUAUUACCUUGAUCGAUGAUAAGGGUGAAGUUAAGGACCGAUUUAGUUCGAAACCACUUGAUGCUAAGUAUGGGAAAAGAUCUUAUAUUAUCAAAUGGAUCUGCUUUUCUCCGGACUCAUCGCGGCUCGCUUUAGCACAAUCAGACAAUGUUGUUUAUGUCUAUAAAACAGGAGAAACAUGGAACGAAAAGAAACUGAUAGUGAAUAAACUACCACAGACAGCUGCUGUCAAUGUUGUUCAAUGGCCGUUUGAUGACAAGUUAUUGUUAGGACUGAACGAUGGAAAGUUGCGAGUUGGUGUGCUAAGCAGUAACAAAUGCACUUCGCUUUAUAAGACAGACGAAUCGGUUGUUAGCAUCAGCGUGAAUCCUCGAAGAACCGCAUUUGUUUCCGGACAUCAAGAUGGCUCAAUAAUUCAUUUCACAUUUAGCAGCAAAAAUCAGAUCAAAAUAUGUUCAGUGCCUGGGGCACCUUUUUGUCUGGUCUACACUGCACAUGGAAUUAUUGCUGUUAGCGAUCGCAGAGUAUUUUCGUAUACUGAAAAUGGUUUGGUCCAACAACAAUUUGAUUUCUCUUCUCAACAUGAAAAAGAGUUCUCCGCAAUAACAACUGAUACAACUGGUAACAAUGUGGUCCUGGGGAGCUUCGACAGACUACGACUUUUUUCGUGGUCAUUUCGCAGAGGAGCAUGGGAAGAAGGCAAUACUCUAGACAUAAGUAACUUAUAUGUCUGUAGUGCUCUUGCAUGGAAAGCUGAUGGAUCAGCAGUGUAUUGUGGAACCCUAUGUGGUGGAGUAAUAUCGGUAGAUUGCUGCCUACGAAGAGGAAUGUUGAAAAGUCGUUUUGAAACAACAUAUGUCGCUCCAUCGCAUGUUAUUGUACGCGAUGUCACGACAAACUCGAAGACAAAUUUGUUGUCGCAAAAAGGAUAUGCCAUCGAUAAUCUCAAGGUGAUGGGAAGGGAUCGCUUUAUUGUCGCCUACACGGCAUCGUCACUGAUCAUAGCAAGUAUUGAAACAGGACUUGCUUCAGAAAUUGAAUGGCAAUCGGGAGGCAACGAAAAAUUCUAUUUUGAUUUCGAACACGUCUGCAUAAUAGUGAAUGCUGGCGAAAUAACGGUAGUAGAAUACGGUCUCGAUGGCCCAUUAGGAUGGGUGCGGACUGAACUCACCAGCCCCCAUCUCAUAAGCGUAAGCAUCGCAAGAGGACCACCUGGAUCACAGCCGUUGAAGAAGAUAGCUUAUCUCACGGAUCCGACGUCACUGGCAAUCAAGAAUCUGUUGAAUGAUGAAACAGAAGUGGUUAUCAAUCACACAACGGUCAUUGACUGGCUUGAGCUCAGCGAAAGUGCUACAAAGCUUCUUUUUCGUGAUAAGCGUUCGCGUCUUACACUUUUGGAUGGAAGUCGGCAAACGACUCUGCUAAAUUUCUGUACUUACGUCCAAUGGGUACCUGCCAGUGAUGUGGUGGUAGCUCAGUCUGGUAAUACUCUUCAUGUUUGGUAUAACCCGUCGAUACCGGAUCAAGUCACUACGGUAGCAAUAAAAGGAGAGGUGGAAGCGGUUUUAAGAGAUGCUGAAAGAACUGAGGUCAUAGUGCAGGAAUCCAAUGCUAAAGUUGCCUAUGAACUGGAUAAUGUCCAGAUAGAUUUUGGAUCGGCUAUUGAGGCCGGAGAUCUCUCAAGAGCAGCUGCUUUCUUGGACCAUUACAGAGUUGCUGAUGAUUCAUACGUGAUGUGGAACAAAGUCGCGCAGCUAGCCCUGGACCAAAGCAAUUUCUUCAUAGCACAGCGAUGUUUCGCAGCUCUUGGGGAUUUUGGAAGAGCACGAGCUGUUUUUAAAAUAAUGGAAUUAGCUGAAGUUGCAGCCAAAGAGAUUGGAGGUGAUGGUACACAAUCAUACAAAGUCAGAGCAAGUGUGGCACAGCUGAGACGUAAAUUCAAGGAAGCUGAGAAGAUCUAUCUGGAACAGAAUGCUGUGGAAGAAGCUAUUGAGAUGUAUCAAACUCUCCACAAAUGGGAUGAAGCACUAGAACUGGCAAAGGCAACGAAUUACGGUGGCUAUGAACAGCUGAAGGCAAAUUACUAUAGGGCCCUUUUCGAUACAGGACAAGAUGCAAAAGCUGCAGAAAUCAAAAUAGCAGAUGGUGACGUUGCUGGAGCUGUGAAUCUGUAUCUGAAAGCCAAACAACCGGUACAAGCUCUAUCAACAGCGCUCACGGAUCCGGCACUGGCUAAGGAUGAUCAGUUAAUGUCAACUAUAGCUGCUCAGCUGAUGCAGUCGCAGAUUUUCGACAAGGCUGGAGAAUUAUAUGAACAUAUGAAGGAUUUCGAAAAAGCCUUAGAAUGCUAUGUCAAUGGAAAAGCCUUUAACAAAGCAAUACAGCUGGCACGAUUCUCGGCUCCUGAACAAGUGGUGAAACUUGAAGAGGAUUGGGGUGAUUAUUUGGUGUCAAUGGGACAACAUGAAGCUUCCAUAAAUCAUUUCCUAGAAGCGAACAGUUUAACGAAAGCUGCAGAAGCAGCUAUACAAGCAAAGGAAUGGAGCAAAGCUGUACAGAUUGCCGAUGUUAUCCAGGAUCCGCAAGUUUCCAGCGAUUUCUACGGACGUAUUGCUGCGCAUUAUGCAACAACCGAAGAGCUUGACAGGGCUGAGCGCCUGUAUUUGGAAGCAAAUCUUCAGAAGGAAGCUAUUGCGAUGUAUAUAAAACACAACCAUUGGGCUGAUGCCUACAGGUUAUCAGAAGAAUUCCUUGGUAAAGAAGAAACAUUUGCUCUAUAUGAGGCUAAAGCUGAAGAACUGGAGCAACAGGGACGAUAUGCUGAUGCUGAACAGCUCUACGUCUCGAUUGGAAUGUCAAACAGAGCUGUAAUGAUGUAUAGAAAUGCAGAACGAAAUGAUGACGUAAUUCGACUGGUUGAACAAUACCAUGGAGAACAUCUGCAGGAUACACAUAAGCGACUGGGAAUGGAGCAUGAAGAACGUGGAGACUUACGCCUUGCUGAAGAGGAAUACCUCAAAGCUGGGGAUGUUAAAGCAGCUAUAAAUAUGUAUAGAGAAAAAGAAAUGUGGACAGAUGCGUAUCGUUUGGCAAGAAGUGAAGGAGGCGAACAGGAACAGAAACAGGUAGCAUUGCUUUGGGCGAAAAGUUUGGGUGGAGAGGCCGGUGUGAAAUUAUUGAACAAAUAUGGAAUGCUCAAUGAGGCUAUAGAUCACUUUAGUGAGAUUGGGACAUUCGACUUUGCCUUUGAAUUAGCAAGACUGGGAGCGAAAGAAAGACUACCUGGAGUGCACAUGCGUAUGGCAGUACAAAUGGAAGAAGAAGGACGACUUGAUCAGGCUGCUCAUCAUUUUAUCGAAGCUGGCAAACCUUCCGAAGCUGUUGCUAUGUAUGUACAUGAAGGCGAUUGGGCAAAUGCCGAGCAAGUAGCGAAAGAACACGCGCCCGAGGCAUUGUCAGACGUGUUCAUAGCCCAAGCACGUAAAGCACUAGAAGAAGAAGAUUGUCAUCGAGCAGAAAGCUGUCUUUUACGUGCUAAUAGGCCAGACAUCAUUCUAAAAUUCUACCAAGAAAAUGGAAUGUGGCCAGAUGCAUUGAGAAUUGCUAAGGAGUAUCUUCCACACCAGCUGCUGCAACUCCAGGAAGAUUUCGAACAAGUAGAGCUGCUUGGAGGUGGACGUGGUGUGAAUUCUUUACUAGCACAAGGUCGUGCAUUUGAAGAACAACGAGAUUGGGCUAAAGCUGUUCAGGCUUAUCUGAAGGUUAACGCAGGCACUACAAAUGACGCUUCAUUGAUAAAUGAUGCUCUUUUGAAAAGUGCUGAUCUUGUGCUACGUUUUCUUGCUUCCACUGAUGAAGAGCUGGUGAUGAGAGUUGUCGAUGCUCUCGAAGCAAACAAAAUGUACGAAAAGAUGGCUGAACUAUUGAUAGCCAUUGGACAGAAUCGACAAGCAGUGGCAGCUUUGGUUCGAGCUCAGCAAUGGUCCAAAGCUAAACAGGUCGCGACAGAGCUGGUCCCAGAUAUGGUGGCCGAGGUUGAAGGACAAUACAAGGAAUGGCUGACACAAGAAGGUCGAGUUGGAGAGCUGAUUGACGUCGAUGUCAUAUCAGCUAUUGACUUGCUUAUUGCUAAAGAUCAGUGGGAGAAAGCACUGGAGACAGCUCGACAACAGAAACACAAACCUCUUCUGGACAAAUAUGUGGCACAGUAUGCUGCUGUGUUGCUUGAACACAAUGACAUAGAUCUUAUGCUCAGAGUUUUUGAAAAAUAUGGAGCUUCGUCCAACCCUGCAAACUUCAACUUGUACAAACUUAUACUGGACAAAACAGUGGCGCAGUCAUUCAGCACACCUUCAGAUGAGUUUAAUGCACUUAGUCCUAUUCGCGAUCUUUUUCUUUCUGUGUAUGAGCAACUGGUCAAGGAAAAUUCUGAAAGCCAAUAUAUUUUUGAAAGGUAUGUCCAUGCCUUGCAUCUGAUGACGAUCCGAAGUGCAAUGGAGGACAUACAAACAGACGAUUCGCAACAACUUCGUCUGCAACAAUCCAUCUCUCUUCUGCGUUAUUCUGAUCUCAUUCCAGCAGAUAGAGUUUUCUAUCAAGCUGGAAUGGCAGCUAAGGAUGCUGGUGGAGACUAUGCACCGUUAGCGUUCCUGCUGUUAAAUCAUUACCUGGAUCUCGUCGACGCUAUUGAUGAAGGUGACGCUUCACUCGUUGAUUACUCUCCUUUCGAAGGAACUGACAUCCCAUCUGAAGUGCCGCUUCCUGAACGACCAUGGGUAGAGAGUUCCAUGCAUGAAGAAAUCAAAGAGUGGGUACUGGCCACUUCGGUGGACGAUGGAGCCAGACGAGAGCUAAAACACGACUCGCGCGGCCUUUUCGAAGCAACCAUCGAGGCUAACGGCGAAAAAUGGCCUGAGUGUAUUAUUACUGGUUACCCAAUAACGCGGACAAAAGUGGAUUUCGGAGAUCUUUGCGCAGACAAAGACAACCUCAACCGAUUUUUGAUAGCAAUCAAGACCACUCCGACCGACCAGCUUAUCAAUGUACAGGAAUUUAUGUCGAGAUGGGCCGAUCAUCCACUAAACAUGUCAUUGUAACGAGUGAAAAAGUG